GCCUUGGAGCAGAGAGCCGCCAGCCAAAUCGACUAUUUAUCCUUUAAAUAUCUCAUCAAAUGAAAAAGCAUAGCAAAACCUUCUUUGAAGCAAAACACACACAGAAUUGGGAAGUGAAAGUAUGUUGGUGGUGGUGUUGAUGAUCUACCUUCUUUCUCACGUCAAUUCUCUCUCUAUCUCUCUCCUUCAUUUCUUUCUCUAUAAAUAACCUUCCUCUAAAUCUUUUACACCAUUACUUUGUCCUCUCCUUCUCUACUAAUCUCCUGCAUUAAUUUUCCAUCACUAUAUAUACCUGUUGUAUUCUUCCUCCUCCAUCAGCUUUUAUAUAACAUUGAUAUAUUAUGGGGGAUAAUAAUGUGAACCUACCACCUGGAUUUCGAUUCUACCCAACAGAUGAAGAACUAGUUGUCCAUUUUCUCCAUCGCAAGGCUGCUCUUUUACCUUGCCAUCCUGAUGUCAUUCCUGAUCUUGAUCUUUACCCUUAUGAUCCUUGGGACUUGGAUGGAAAAGCAAUGGCAGAAGGCAACAAAUGGUAUUUCUAUAGUCGGAGAACACAGAGUAGAAUCACUGGAAAUGGAUACUGGAAAUCAUUAGGACUUGACGAACCAAUAUUCUCAAGUUCCAGUGAAAAUAAAGUCGGCAUGAAAAAAUACUAUGCUUUUUACAUUGGAGAGCAACCUGAAGGUGUCAAAACCAAUUGGGUAAUGCAAGAAUUUAGUCUUUCUGAUUCUUCUAAUUCUUCUUCUGGAACUAGUCGUUCAUCUUCUAGAAGAAGAAGCCGCUCCAAAAUUGACUAUAGUAAAUGGGUAAUUUGUCGAGUACACGAACGCAACUGUGAUAAUGACGACGAUGAUGGCACAGAGCUUUCAUGUUUGGAUGAAGUUUUCCUAUCACUAGAUGAUCUUGAUGAGAUUAGUUUGCCUCAUUAAUUAGCUAUUUCUUAAUUGUAAUCCACUCGAUUAAUUAGAUCCAAUAAGCUAGGAUCUAAUUAACCUCGGCUUUAUUUUAAUCUUCUAUUUUAGUUUAUAGCACUUAACAAUUUAUAUUUGCUACGUUCAUAGUAAAUGAAAAACAGUGUGACAAUUCAAAAUCAAUAUGCAUUAUCGA